AUGAACUUCAAGUCUCUGAAGUUCACUCAGAAGCAGGUCGAGGCCUACACCCGCGUGCGUGAGACCUUACGAGUUCGUUUGGCGCAGCUUUUUGGAUUGGAUGCCGAGCAGUUGCAGCGCUUGGGAACGCAGUUCUGCAGUGAAGUGGAUGGAUUUGUCCGUGAGUAUUGGCACAGCCACAUCGACACUGAGCAGUAUGGCACCUUUGCCUACACAAGCCUCUUGUAUCUCAACACCCAGGAUGAGGACAGCCUGCAUGCACCUCAUUGUCAAAACCACGUGGAGGGAGAGUCAAUGGCGCCAGAGCCGCGCGCGGUGGAGCCGCGCGGCGGGCGCGUGGUGGCCUUCAGCAGCGAUGCAGAGAACCCACAUAAGGCGCAGUCCGGGGGGCAGGGGGAGGCUCGGCAGGGGGAACGGACCGGUUUUCGGCUGGGACGCCAGGGUUUCCGAGAUGGUGGUGGAUUCAGGACCCUGGGGACCCUGGGACGGGGACGUGGUACAUUUGGGAGAAUUCGGCGAGAAAGAAAGGGCUGUUCAAUGAAUGAACCUGGAACCUUCCCAAAAAGUUGUGUGGAUCGUCUGCAGCGCAACCGAACUUUGGGGGAUUGGAGAUCUCCCCACUCAACAAGAAGCGUGUGGAAAAAGGCUCACCUCAUCCCACUUUCUUGUUGCCGGGAGACUGAUGGAGUCAGGCAAGAAUUCAGAUGUCAUGAUACGCCCCCCAUCCAGGAUGGUGUUGGAGGUUUUGGGACUUGA